UGACUUUUAAUAGCCGGUUCUGCCAGGAGCCAGGUAUACAACUCAGAAAUUCCCUGCUCUCCAGCAGGGCUCUGUCCCACCCACCUCCUGCAGCUGGGUCAGAAGGAGGGGUGUGCCUAGGGCGCGCCAUGGGGGCAGCCAGGAGGUGCAGCGCUUUGGAUUAGUGUGUUCUGAGCAGGGGGGUUGGGGAGACAGAUCUAGGAAUCUGCCCGUGCCCGGAGAGUGGGAGGUGGGGGAUACCCUGGCCCACAGCUUCCGGCCCAGGAGGGCGGGGCUGCUACCGGACCUCGCUUUCUCCUUCUGCCUUUACCGGGAAUGCUGGCAGGCUGCUUCUCCUAGGACCGGUCCAGGUCUCAAAUUCUGGGACUGAGUCAGGCCGGGUUUUCCUUCUGUCUCUGAGAGCAGAGCGAACUAGUCGAAUGGAGAGCUCCAGUUCCUGAACCGGACCGCGUUUUCUCUGUGUCCCUGCGGCAGAACGGGUGGCUGGGCUUUUAGUGCCUUCUGAAGCCCGGAGCUUGGGGGAAAGAGGGUUCGAAUCUUGAAGAGGGAAGAGGUUGCUGCGCUGUCUAGGAGCUGGGAUUCCGAAGCCCGGGGCCAGAUCUAGGACUCGGUGGACUGGCAGGGAACUAGCGCCGGCGCCAACAUGAGCCGGCCCUUUCAGUCCUGCUGAAGCUUCAUGGCAACAGCCCAGAGGCCUCCCCGCAUCAUGGGCAGCGUGGGCAGCCUGCUGGAGAGGCAGGACUUCUCCCCUGAGGAGCUGCGGGCUGCCCUGGGGAGUGCCCGAGGCUCACGCCAGCCGGACGGGCUCCUUCGGAAGGGCCUGAGCCAGCGAGAGCUCCUCAGCUACCUUCACCUGGCCAAGAAGGACUCCAAAGCCAACAAACGCUGGCCGUCAGGGGGGUCUCACCGGCAGGAUGACGACCGCCACAGCAACUACUCCGGCCUCUACUACCGGGAGCACCCGCGGGGGGCUGACUUCACCAAGACUUCCCUGCCCGAGCGGGGCCGCUUUGACAAGUGCCGCAUCCGCCCCUCCGUCUUCAAGCCCACGGUGGGGACGGGGAAGAGCUUCCUGUCCAUGCAGAGCCUGGCAGCCCACAAGGGCCAGAAGUUAUGGAAGAGCAACGGGAGCCUCCAUACCCUCGUGUGCAACCCACCCCUGAGCCCCGGGCCCCAGGCCAGUCGUGCUCGGGCCCAGCUGCUGCACGCACUUAGCCUGGAUGAAGGCGGCCCGGACCCCGGCCUGUCCGAUUCCUCCAGCGGGGGCAGCGGGGGCCCGGGCCCCUUCAGUGCCUCUGUGGGACACGUCAACCAUCUCGGGGGUUCUCUGGACAGAGCUGCCCGAAACCCCAAAGAGCAGGCCUUGAUGAGUGCGAGCGAGAUGGGGCCACUGGCAACUCUGAGCUGCCUUCCUGAGCCCCCACCCCCCUACGACUUCACUUACACCGCUCAGGUGCCCCAGGACUCGGGGGUGCUGAGGCAGGGGCAGCCUGGGGUCGGGGGGCUACCAGAGCUGAAAGGAGGCCUCAGUGACGACGAUGGCCUCAGUCCUUUUGCACAGGUGAGGGCUCCCCCUCCCCUUCUCUGUGCCACUCCCCAAGCCUGCCCUCCUCCUCCAUCUCUCUCGCCAUCCUGGCCCUCUCCUCGUCCGUUCCUCCCUCCCCCUGCCCUGUUGGCACGUUGGGGAUUUCUGACAGGUCCUGCCCUCCGUAGGGUCCAGGGAGGGAGGUUUGCAUCUCCCCUGAGGCCCUGCUUUCUCUCGCAGGAGCUGGAGGACCGGCAGCAGCUGUGGCUGGCCGAGCUGAAGCGUCUCUAUGAGGAGAAGCUGCAGGAGGUAGCCCAGAAGGCCGAACGGAACGAAAGAAGCCUCCAGCUCCAGCUCUUCAUAGCCCAGCAGGAGCAGCGGAGGCUGCGGAAGGAGCUCAGCGCCUGUCAGGGCCUGGCCAAAGAGCCAGCGCACUCCCCGGAGCGCACCAGCCCCAGUCUGGAGGAGGAGGCCAAGUGGGAGGUGGGUCAGAAGACUUCGGAAAUCUCUCUCCUGAAGCAGCAAUUGAGGGAGGCCCAAGCGGAGCUGGCCCAAAAGCUAGCCGAGAUCUUCAGCCUGAAGACAAAACUCCGAAGCAGCCGGGCUCAAGCUGAGGCCAAGGACAGUGAGCUGGCCCGGCUCCGGGACACCCUCUGCCACCAAUUGGCCCAGGAUGGCCCCCAGGAUGGCCCCGCUCCGGUGGAGCUGCCCGACGGGGGCUGUGAAACAGAUGAUUCCAAGAGCCAGGGACUUCGGGGGGAGGUGGGCAGUGGCGGGGCAGAGCGGUUGUGGACCGAGCUGCAGCGGGAGCGCCAGCAGGGCAGGGAACAGGCCUUGCUCUUUGAGCAGGAGAGGAGGACGUGGCAGGAGGAGAAGAAUAGGGUCCUGCGUUACCAGCGGGAAAUCCAGGUGAGCUACAUGGAGAUGUACCACCGCAAUCAGACUCUGGAGCAGGAGCUGCGGGAGCUACGGGAGCUUCGGGCACCACAGGCACCCUGGAGCCCAAGGCUUGAGUCCUCCAAGAUCUGAGGGAGGCUGGAGCUGAGCAGGUGGCUGCUGCAGGACCCCACAGGGAGAGUCCUUGGAAAGAGGUGGAGGGGUGCCCCCUUCUCUCUCUCCCCAUUCCUCUGCAGGGUCCCAGGACCUGAGGAAGGAUAGGAUAGAUAGCCCCAUGCAGGGCCAGGCCAGGCCUGGGAGGAGGGCUUCCAGUAUGGGCACUGCCCACAUUGUGGUGCUCGGAAGCAAAAGUUCGGGGGCCUUUUCUCCCCUUUUCUCCUAUGUCCAAGUGCUUCCUGGCUAUACCAGGCCUAAUCAUCCCCCCGGAUCGACUAUGUGAUCUGCACCCCAGGCCCACUGAAGAGGCUGGGAAGGUUAGAGUGGAGCCCCAUGAUGAUAAAGAGCUUGUUGGGGGAAAUGGCUAGCACAGGAGAAGUUGCCUGGAGGUCAUGAGCCCCUGUGCUAUGUCUUCCUUGGCUCCCCAAGGGGCCAGUGUGAGGGGGCUUGGACACAGGUGCCAAUCCUUCAAAGAAUAAAGCCAUGGUUUGUUUGU